AUGGAGCUUCUGGUAAAAAAGCAGAUUUUAGGUCGUAGGGUGGGCCCCUUUAAAGGACCCUGGCACCGUGCGCGCAAAAGUCCACGAGGGAAGGGUUUCUUGACUGCGCAAAUAUCAUUUUCAAGGCACAAGCUUUUUGCCAAGAAGACAACCUAA